UUAUUAAUAUGUUCUUGUUCUGUGCAUAAGGUCCAUAGAUCUGUUCAGAUAAUCAGAGACAAAGAAGAACUUUCUGAGACCCAGAAGGAGCUGGCCAAACUCCAGCUUUCACAAAAAGAACCAACUAAUUCAAGUCACUCCCCGGAAAGCACUGACGGUAUCUCUGCAGCUGCUACUGAAACUAAAGCGCAUAAAGAUGACAAGGAUCCUUCAAACCUGCAACUGGCUCUUGCUCUUCCACACCAAACAGCCCCUGUUCCUGAUCAAAACCAGCAAUACAAAGAGCUCCCAAUACAGCAACCUGCACCUCCAUCUCUUACUGCGCCUCCACAAGAUCGUUACAUUCUAAAUCAAGCAAUCUCAUAUUAUACCUCCCUCCAACCUCUGCCACUGGAACAGCAGAGCCAGAACCUGCAAUAUGCUCAACAGAGAACCCAAAUGCAAGAUCUUUCGAACCAAGCACCGGCGAAUCCGCAAGCGAAUGUGGCACCGAACCUGCUCCCCCAACAGCCUCCUUUUUCUCAAUACCACCCGCAAUGGUCUCAGCCAAUGCAACCUCAAGAACAUUCUUCACAAUCUCAAGCUCCCAGGCCCCAAAAUCCAUCUACCUACGCACGUUAUUCUUCCAAUCAACCUGCCAACACAGUUCAAGCUGAAGCAUACCAAGGCAGCAGCAUUGCACCCCCAUCCCCAUACAUCGCAGUUCCUCAUCUUCCUUCUCAUCUCAACAUGCAGAGACAGCCCCUUCCUCAGGCUAGCCAAGUUUCAUUUGGACCACCACAACUAGUUAAGACUGGCUAUAUUGGAACAAACACCUACCCUUCACAAUCAAACAUGCCUGGUUAUAAUGCUUUUUAUGUCAUUGAUGGAAGCAGAGCUUCUCAUCUUCGCCAUCAACCAAAUAACAAUGUAGCUGCUCCGCAAAUGCUGAAUAAUCACCACCCCUAUGGAGAAAUGAUCGAGAAAGCUAUUAACAUGGGUUACCCGAGAGAUCAGGUGGUUGGUGUGGUUCAGGGCAUGGGAGAAAGUGGUCAGCCCCUUGAUCUCAACACCUUGCUUGAUAGGCUGAAUGCAAUUGCUAGUGGAGGGAUGCGGCGACCUUGGUCGGGCUAGAGUUGUGAUCCUUCUUAAGAUUCUUUUGGGACGCCUUUUUUGACUGCUUUCUAAAGCAGCUUCCUAAUACAAAAAAAUUUUAGUUCAAGAAAAAAGUUGUUUUAGAAAACAAUAAAAAAGUUGUGCUGAACGAAGCUUAAGAGUUGACGUGUACCCUCGUCUACAACAAUUACAUAUUUCUAAUCAUCUUCUUUGAUGAUCUAUGUGCCAGGUAUUCUGUAAAUACCAAUAAUGGUUGUGAAAAAUUCUCUAGUCUGGUGAAUCUUUGUAUCUGUAUGAUGUAUGUUUGAAAAUUCCGCCACAAGUUUUACAGUGAGCGGUAAGCUUCAGUAGUUUUUCGGGAAGAUGCUGUUAAA